AUGGAGGAGAAGGUCGGGAUGGCCAAGCUUUGGGCGCUUUCCAUUGUCGUUUUGGUCCUCGCGGCGGCGCCGGGCGUACCGGCGGUGCCUAUCACCCUCAUCACAUCCGCCGUCGACAAGGGAGCCGUGUGCAUGGAUGGGACGCCGCCGGCUUACCACAUGGAUCCGGGGUCCGGUGCAGGGAAGAAGAGCUGGAUCGUCAACCUAGAGGGAGGCGGCUGGUGCGAGAACGUGACGGCGUGCAUGUACCGCAAGGGGAGCCGCCUCGGGUCCUCGAAUCUCAUGGAAAGGCAGCUCGAGUUCCGUGGCAUCCUGAGCUCCAACCCCGCCGAGAACCCUGAUUUCUACAGCUGGAACCGGGUGAUGGUCCGCUACUGCGACGGCGCGUCCUUCGCCGGCGAAGGCUACGACGCGGGCUCGAGGGUCUACUUCCGGGGCCAGCGCAUAUUUGACGCCGUCAUCCAGCACCUCCUCUCCAUUGGGAUGUCCUCCGCGGAUCAGGUGCUGCUGGCGGGCGGCUCCGCCGGGGGCCUGUCGGCAAUACUGCACUGCGACCAGUUCGGCGCCUUCUUCGCCGGCCGGAGCACCACCGUCAAGUGCCUCGCCGACGCAGGGCUCUUCCUCGACGCCGUCGACGUCGCCGGUGGGCAUACCUUGAGAUCCUACUUCGGAGGCGUCGUGGCCACGCAUGGGGUGGCGCAGACCCUGCCGAGGAGUUGCACCGGUCGUCUCGACGCCACCUCGUGCUUCUUCCCGCAGAACAUAAUCGGCAGCAUAAAAACCCCGACCUUCCUGCUGAAUGCAGCCUACGAUACAUGGCAGAUCCAUGAAAGCCUGGCCCCGGACGUGGCCGACCACGGCGGCGCCUGGCGAGCCUGCAAGUCCAGUCGUUUAGCCUGCAACGCAUCCCAGAUGAAAGUCUUGCAAGGUGCAGCUUUCAGGGAGCAGAUGGUGGGAAUUGUGCAAGGCGCCUUCUCCCGCUCCAAGGGCAAUGGGUUCUUCAUAAACUCGUGCUUCACGCACGGCCAGUCCAAGGUCCCGGCUACUUGGAAUGCAAAUGGCUCUCCUACCAUUCACAAUAAGAGUAUCGCGAAAUCUGUGAGUGACUGGUACUUUGGCCGGGCUGAAGUGAGGGCCAUCGAUUGCCCCUACCCCUGCGACCACACAUGCCACAACGACAUAUGA